AUGGAUGACCUAAAAAUUCUUCCUCAAAUAUUUCUGUCAGUAACAAUAUUAGAAUUACCUAAUGAGCAAUAUCAGGCACUAACAACUAUUUUCAUGUAUAUGGGUCGAGCCGACGCUCCUACCGGAGUAGUAGCUCAAAACAUAGGCGGUAAAACCAUUCAUUCUGAACUACACAUCGUAUUUACUGGUGGAGGUUUCCAGACACAUGCUUUAACCGAUAGAGAAUUAAAAUCUCACUUACAAAAAGUUGAUACUAUUAUCAUUGAUGAAAUCUCUAUAGUUUCCGCAGAACUACUAGAUUUUGUUUCUAAUUUAUUUGCAAAUCUUCAUGAAAACUCUAUUGCUUUCAGUGGUAUAAACGUCAUAGUAGUUGGUGAUCUUGCUCAACUUCCCCCCAUUACCAGCCAGUAUGUUUUCUGUGCAACCGUUUGGACAUUAUUUUAUCCAUUAUUUUUGAGAACCUCUCAAUGUCAAAACAAUGAUCUUCAAUUUUAUGCUCUACUAGAAGAAGUGCGAACUAGUAACAUUUCUAACAACACCUGGCAAAUGCUACAACAAAAACAUUCACAAUUUUUAAUAAGACCUAUAAUCGAUAUCAUGCUCAAUACUACUCACAUUGUUGGGUUUAGAGAAAAUGCCCAAUGA